GCGCCGUGCGCACGAGGCGCACCUCAUGGCGGUGUAUGAUGCGAGUCACGCCCAUGUGCUGGCCGAGUCCUUCUCUGAUUGGUGGCGCGGCUCUGGGGCUGGGCGUAACGCUACUGAAGUAGGCAGAGAUGGGGAGCAGUCCCAGUGUGGAGAGCAAGAUGAGUGAAGCCCACGAGCAAGUACACCUCAGUCGGUUGGAGGUGUGCGGAAUGAUGAGGGAAGAACUUUUAAGCGAACAAGAGUUCCACCAGUCUGAGACGCACAUAUUCAUUGUCGUUGGAGCUUCGGGAGAUCUGGCCAAAAAGAAGAUCUACCCCACUCUGUGGUGGCUUUACAACGAUGGUUUGCUCCCAGAAGACACCUACAUAGUAGGCUUUGCACGUUCAAAGCUGACAGUGCAGGAUAUCAAAAAGCAGAGCGAGCCGUACUUCAAGGUAUCUGCAGAGGAUGCUUUGAAACUUGACACAUUUUUCAAGCGCAACUCAUAUAUUUCUGGACAAUACUCAGAUGCAGCCUCCUUCCAAAACCUUAACCAGCACCUGAAUUCAUUACCCAAUGGGGCAAAAGCCAACCGCCUCUUCUACCUAGCACUACCACCCAGUGUGUAUCAUGAUGUUACCCGCAACAUCAAAGAGACCUGCAUGAGCUCUGUAGGAUGGAACCGUGUUAUUGUGGAGAAACCUUUUGGCAAAGAUCUGGAAAGUUCCAAUCGUUUGUCGGAACAGAUCUCCUCCUUAUACAAGGAAAACCAGAUCUAUCGUAUCGACCAUUACCUGGGCAAAGAGAUGGUACAGAACCUCAUGAUCUUAAGAUUUGGUAACAGGAUAUUCAGCCCCCUCUGGUCCAGGGAUCACAUAAGUGCAGUGGUUCUGACAUUUAAAGAGCCUUUCGGAACACAGGGGCGUGGAGGAUACUUUGACGAAUUUGGCAUCAUCCGGGAUGUCAUGCAAAAUCACUUGCUCCAAAUGAUGUGUUUGAUGGCUAUGGAGAAGCCGGUCUCCACCAACUCGGAUGAUGUUAGAGAUGAAAAGGUGAAAGUGUUGAAAUCAGUGGCUCCCCUCAAUCUUGAUAAUCUGGUAAUAGGGCAGUAUAUUGGGAAUCCGGACGGACAAGGCGAGGCACAAGAAGGCUAUUUGGAUGACCGCACUGUUCCAAAAGGAUCUUUGACCCCCACAUUUGCCACUGCAGUCCUAUAUGUGCAGAAUGAGCGUUGGGAUGGUGUCCCCUUUAUCAUGCGCUGUGGCAAGGCCUUGAACGAGAGGAAGGCAGAGGCACGACUGCAGUUUCGUGAUGUGCCUGGAGAUAUAUUCCAAGGCCAAUGCAAAAGGAAUGAACUGGUGAUCAGAGUGCAGCCAAAUGAAGCUGUAUACACCAAGAUGAUGACCAAGAAGCCAGGAAUGUUCUUUAACCCUGAGGAGUCAGAGCUAGACUUAACAUAUGGCAGCAGAUACAAGGAUGUGAAGUUGCCAGACGCAUAUGAGCGGCUUAUUUUGGAUGUGUUCUGUGGAAAUCAGAUGCACUUUGUACGCAGUGAUGAACUGAGAGAAGCUUGGAGGAUCUUCACCCCUGUUCUCCAUCAGCUGGAGAGAGAAAAAAUCAAACCCCAUCCUUAUAAAUAUGGAAGCCGUGGGCCCGCAGAAAGUGACGAGCUAAUGCAGAAGGUUGGCUUCCAUUAUGCAGGAACCUACAAAUGGGUGAACCCAAACAAGCUCUGAUACUCUGCCUCGCCUUUUUCUCCCCGUGGACGUCCUGUUUUGUAUCCCCUGAAACUCUACAUUUUUCCUGUCCAUACAACCCGCGGCGUGGGAAAUCACAGGGGACCAAAAUACACCUUGUCUUGUUCCAUAUAGUGGCUACCUGUAGAUGUCACUAUUGUUACUUUUUGUCUUGAAGCCUGACUUAGUUGCUUCUCAUUCCUACAUGUUUAACCUUAAAGGUAUAUAAGCAAUCCAAAUGUACAGUGUGACCGUACACAUGGAUCGCCUUAUUCAUUAGUUUUCCUCAUUUGAGCUAAUGACCUCAAUGAUGCACCAUGUACUCCCAAACAAGGUGCACUGGCAGAUACAUUUUUUAGUUUGGACAGAUCGCCAGCAAUAAGAUUGGAUCACAGGAUAGUCUGCCUUCAGGUGAUUGUACAGUAUGAUCAAAAUUGGUCACACUGCCCGAUUAAGCUGUCUAUACAAGGCCAGGCUUAAAGGCUAACUCAUUUUUGUAACAUUCUCUCAACUUUAGUGGAUGCUUAUUUAUGCCUUUUAAAGAGGAACUAUUGUGAAAAUUUAAUAUAAGCUUCAGCAUACUGAAAUAAACUUUCUAAAUACAUCAAUUAAAAAUUCUGUAGUGUUUCUGAUAUAACCAAGUUUAUCUUAACUAUUCCUCUCACAGCAUCUGUUUCUCCUCAUUCUGUCUUCAUUCAGGAGUUGGGUGUCAGGUGAAUGAUCCAAUAUAUCUCGCUCUCUAUUAAAAUCACUGGAAAUCCUGUCUCUCUACAUGCAGAAUUUAUGCAAAAGGCAGUUAUUUUGUUUGUACUGGAAUGAGUGAGCUCUUAUACGUCUGCUAGGAAAGGGAGCCCCCUAUAAGAUAUAUUGGAUCAUUCAUUUGACACCCAACUGCUGCAUGAAGAGAGAGAAUGAAAAGAAACAGACGCUGAGAGAGGAAUACUGAAUAUAAACUUGAUUAUUUCAAAAACCAUGCAGAAUUUUUAAUUGAUUGUAUUUAAAAAGUUUCUUUUUUCAGUAUAUGAGGAAGCUUAUAUUAAAUUUUAAUUUCUGCGAUAGUUCCCCUUUAACAAAUAGAUUUUAUUAUUUGUUUUCAUAUAGUUUUUGAGAUAUAAAUGGUUGACUAGUGUGCAUUGCCAAACCAACAUUUUUUCCCUACUGCAAACAACUUAGCCGUGCUGAUGUCGGUAGUAUUUUGCAAAUUGCCGGCUCAUGCUGGAAUCAGCAUCAGCCAGUUAGACCAGGUGACAUUUGUCAGUGACUCAGAGCAUGAGUGAGUCGGCUGAAUCCAGGGAAACAAAUGUUAGGGUGAGGAAUAAACUACAGUUUAUUGAAUAUUUAUAAUAGCAACGGUUUCCUUGUACCAUUACUUACGUCUAACUAAGAAGCAUUUUGCACUGGCAAGGAAUGGCAUUGUCUGCAAGAGAGGGAAUUUACAGAAUUGCACUUAACAGGAAAAAGUGUAUAUUUCAUUGGCAGGAAAUAUUUUUUUCCCCACUUCCUUCUUCUUACCCCUACCUACUUGCUUUUGUUAAUCUACUGUAGACGGCCAGUGUUACACAUGGGCAGAAUUAUGAUAUGCUUUCAUAUUUGAGGGUUUACACAUUUAUUGUAGAGGGAAUUACAGAGGUGUUCCCAUUUUUUCCUGCUUUAUUUUAAUACCAUUGGAUUAGUAAAUACGUUUGUGCACA